CAUCCAGAUCUCAUUAUGCAUCAGAAAAAUGAAAAAACAGAGGAAAAUUCUAUGGAGGAAAGGAAUCCACUUAGCCUUUUCUGAGAAGUGGAAUACUGGGUUUGGAGGCUUUAAGAAAUUCUACUUUCAUCAAUAUUUGUGCAUUCUGAAAGCUAAGUUGGGAAGGGCAAUUGCUUGGAACAGACACUUGAGGUACUUCCAGUCCCGAAAGAAAGCCCUGCAGAUCUGGAAAACGUGGAUCCAGGAUGAAUCCCUUUAUGCUAAGACCAAGUCAAAUGUGGCUGCUCAAAAUGUUAGCAGUUUUCCCUCUUCAGUGAACAGUAAGGGCACUAAACAAUUCAUUCCAUCCUCACGGACUCUUCUGGAGCUCAAAUCAGAAAAGCUCCUCUCAUUAGCAAAGAACUCUGAUCAUGAAAGUGGUGGGAAAAAAAGUCUCUUAAAGGCAGUUGUUGAUUUACCAGCAAAUAAUAUUUUAGGUCAGACUGGUGGUCACAGACCUAGGACAGAUCCACACGCUUCCGACUUUCCCAUGAAGUUCACUGAGGAGAGCCAAAAUCCAGGGGAGAGCGCGGCGGUUGUGGUUACUUUGAGGAACCAUAAGAGAAAGCGCUUUGGUUAUGGCUGCUACCAAGGACUGGACCAUCACAGAAAUGGGGGAACCCUGAUUCCAAAAAAAUUCCAACUUAACAAGCAUAGAAGAAUAAAAGUGUCUCCUCUUAUGAUGUAUGAGAAAUCGUCCAUGAUUAGAUUUCGGUACCGAAUUCUCAGAUCCCAGCACUUAAGAUCAAGAAGCAAAGUUUGUAAACAAAAAAAAUCCCAGAGAAGCUGGGUACAGAAGGUCACCGGGGACUAUCAAGAGACUUUUCGGGAGAACUGUGAGGGUGGCAGUUGCAGCCCAUUCCCUGCCUCAGAGCCUAAAGACUCUUCUUGUCGGCAUCAGCCCUGCUUCUCAGCUAUGGACAGCGAUGCUGUGUUGAAGGAAAAGAACUCUCACACACCUGAUGGCCACACUAGAGGAAGCCCUUUCUUGAGCAAGGAGUUUAGUUUAGGUGAAGCAUUCCCUGACCAACAGAAUGGCAGUGCCCCAUACACCUGGGAACAGUCAUCUUCCUCCUCCUCCCCAAAAUGGGAGCAGACAGAGCUGAUCCAUGACAUCCCUGCACCAGAACAUCAUCCUAGUAACAUGUUAACCUCAGAAACGGAAAGAGAUAUUAUGACUCUGUGUCACGACAGUCGGACAAGUGAUGACAGAAUAAAACUGCCAGUGUAUGAGACCAACAAAUCUGUGGGAUGUAUAGAUGGGCCUGUGUCUGAAAAGACAGCGCAGAAUGAGGGCUCAGACCAGAUGGAGGAGGAUGGAUCUCUCAAGCAGAACAUUCUUAGCUCUAAGUUGUUGGACCACCCUUACUGUAAAAGUCCACUAGAGGCUCCCCUGUUGUGUACUGGACUAAAACUAGAAAAUCAAGUGGGAGGUGGGAAGAACAGUCAAAACACAUCUCCAGUGGAUGAUGAACAGCUGUCAGUCUGCCUCUCUGGAUUCCUGGAUGAGGUUAUGAAGAAGUAUGGCAGUUUGGUCCCACUCAGUGAAAAAGAUGUCCUUGGGCGACUAAAAGAUGUCUUUAAUGAAGACUUUUCUAAUAGAAAACCAUUUAUCAAUAGAGAAAUAACAAACUAUCGAGCCAGGCAUCAAAAAUGCAACUUCCGUGUUUUUUAUAACAAGCACAUGCUGGACGUGGAUGACCUGGCCACCCUGGAUGGUCAGAAUUGGUUGAAUGACCAGGUCAUUAAUAUGUAUGGUGAACUGAUAAUGGAUGCAGUGCCAGACAAAGUUCACUUCUUCAACAGUUUUUUUCAUAGACAGCUUGUAACCAAAGGAUAUAAUGGUGUAAAAAGAUGGACUAAAAAGGUGGAUUUGUUUAAAAAGAGUCUUCUGUUGAUUCCUAUUCACCUGGAAGUCCAUUGGUCUCUGAUUACUGUGACACUGUCUAAUCGAAUUAUUUCGUUUUAUGAUUCCCAAGGCAUUCAUUUUAAGUUUUGUGUAGAGAAUAUAAGAAAGUAUCUGCUGACUGAAGCCAGAGAAAAAAAUAGACCUGAGUUUCUUCAGGGUUGGCAGACUGCUGUUACAAAGUGUAUUCCACAACAGAAAAAUGACAGUGACUGUGGAGUCUUUGUGCUCCAGUACUGCAAGUGCCUCGCCCUAGAGCAGCCUUUCCAGUUUUCACAAGAAGACAUGCCCCGCGUGCGCAAGAGGAUUUACAAGGAGCUGUGCGAAUGUCGGCUCAUGGACUGAGACCCAGCACACACGCUUGGGGAGUCUGACCAAGUUGGAGCAGGUGGUUUGUUACUUGAAUCUCCAAACACUUAUUUGAAUUUUUACAGAUAUUCAGAUUGGUGGUAUUGGACCACUAUUGUUACCUCAAAUUUAUGUUUGCCCUUAUUCAUUUCUCCAGCUACCAUGGACUAUUUUUAAUGUUCAGUUGGGUUU